CAUAACUUCCGGAAGUAUCGCGAGAGUGCACGUUCUCGAAGAUGGUGGCUGGUCUACACGUGUGUCUGCUCCCGGUAUAGUAAAGUUAGAGUUUUAGAUACGUUUCAGGUCUUUAUUGAUUAGAGAUCGGACCGGAUUUAACACUGAUACCGAUAAAAGCGCCUUAAAGCAGGAGGCAGAAUGCAGCACGACGAUGUGAUAUGGGAUCUUAUAGGCCCUAAGCAGUUCUGCUCCUAUAAAGUCAAAACAAAGACUGGUCAUUUCUGCCGGAAUGAAUAUAACAUCACUGGAACAUGCAACCGCCAGUCAUGCCCACUGGCCAACAGUCAAUAUGCCACCAUCAGAGAAGAGAAAGGCCAGUGUUUUCUCUACAUGAAAGUUAUUGAAAGAGCAGCCUUCCCAGCUCGCAUGUGGGAAAAGGUGAAACUGAGUAAGAACUACGAGAAGGCCCUUCAAGAAAUAGAUGAGAAUCUCAUCUAUUGGCCAUUUUACAUUCGACACAAGUGUAAACAGCGCUUCACUAAGAUCACACAGUACCUUAUCCGCAUCCGCAAACUUACACUGAAGAGACAGAGAAAACUGGUUCCACUGAGCAGGAAAGUAGAAAGGAGAGAAAAAAGGAGGGAGGAAAAAGCUCUUAUCGCUGCUCAGCUAGACAACGCCAUAGAGAAAGAGCUGCUGGAAAGGUUAAAACAGGGCACGUAUGGGGACAUCUACAACUUCCCUGUCCAUGCUUUUGAUAAAGCUAUGGAGAAGCAGGAUGAGGACAGCGAGACAGAAGAAGAAGAAGAUCAGGAAGGGGAGGAGGAAGAUGAGGAGGCUGGGAAGAGAGAAUUUGUUGAAGGGGAUGAGUUUGAAGAAAGUGACCUCAGUGAUUUUGAGGAUAUGAACAACCUCCAGGCCAGUGGUGAUGAAGACGAAGAGAGCGAGGAAGAGGAGGAGGAGGAAUCAGAAGAAGAGAUGGAAGAAGAAAUAGAAGAGGAGAAAAAGGCUCCUGCCAAGUCUAAAGGAAAGACCCCACUCAAGGGACCAGUGAGAAAGAAACGAGCUUACGUGGAGAUUGAGUAUGAGCAGGAGACAGAGCCAGCCUCCAAGAACAAAGCAUCAUAGAGACUAAAGCAGGACAUGUACAAGAUCAACAUGCUGUGGCAACCCCAGCAGUUCACAGACUUUGGGUGAAAUCUGCGAUUCAUGCAGGCCAAGUUCACUGACAGUCAGCCGAUAUUUUUUAUAACCUGUUAAUCAGAAGAUGAUACAUGUGUUUUUUCUGAAUGGACAGAUUUCUCUGUAUCUAUGCUGUUGUUAAGCAUAAAAUGUUCUGUGAAGAACACUGGUCAAUGUAAACCUACCAGUCCAGCAGUAAUAAAAAAAAACAGCUACACUGUUUGUGCCUCAAACAA